CUACUUGCUAACGAAGGAGAAGAGGGAGCACGAGGACAGGCAAUUCCGUUACGGCACGUUACCUCUCAGGUGGUGGAUCGUCACAAGAUUGGGCAGAUAUUUGGACCAGCAAACAGCCAGACGGCAGCUGCUGCUUCGAAAGGAAUGGUGGCGAUCAUUGCAUUCAUUCUGUAUCAUUCGUACACAUUUGCAUUACUUUCGAUGAUGGUGUGGGCACUGCUGUAUCACUCGAUUUUCGGCUUGAUUCUGCUUGUGCUGACCUGCACAUUGUGGAUGUUCAAGGACUCGCGUGGGGCCUCGUUUGCAAUGGCCCCAGCGAUCACGCUAUAUAUUGAGUUUCUUCUAUUGACUCAAUACGUAUGCAGUAUGAACGUGACAGCGCAGGAGUUCCAAGUGCCAGACUGGAUGAAUAUGGUUGGCUUCGUGCUUGCUGGAAAUAUGUGGGCAGGAUUUGUUACGCUUUCUGUGAAG